CGAAAUUGCAUUGUGAAGUUGCUGGCCGAACUAUCCCCAUAGCUACGGAUGUAUGGUUAGCCUUGGCGGAUAUAGGGCACAAGGUCGAUCAGCUCCCAGGAUAUCUACGUCAUCUUCGCGUCACAGGAACGAUUGCUAUUGCUCCACCACGUGAGCGUCAAGAACCUCCACUGCUACCUCCAAUGCUCGUUGGUCAAUCUCGUCCUCAUCCUCCUUAUGUCCAUGAAUUCUUCCCACCAUUUCCAGAACCGCAUACCUAUAUCCACACGGAGAUCUCAGGAGAACCAGAUUUGACCUACGAGGCCGUUCGAAAAACAGCGGCUCAACGUAGGAGAGAAAUGGAACGGUCUCUGAUAAACUAUAUGAUGUGCAUGCAUCCACACAGCACUUUAUUUCCACAGUUUGAGUCCAAAAUACGGAACGAAGCGAGACAAUAU